AAAAAAAAGGAAGCGAAAUCUGCCGGUGAAACGUGUGAAUCUACGAGAAAUUAGCGAUUUCUAAUUAAUUGUUCCUUACUUUCUUGUUAAAAGUUCAUUCUACAUCGUUCCCAGAGGAAGUUGUGAGCAGUGAUCCAGUAUGCCGCAAGCGAGGCGCAAGACCCCGUUCAGCGGGAAAGCGAAGAAACAGCAACUGCAACAGAAAAAACAGAAUAAAACACUCCUUCUGUCGUCGACGGGCGGCACGACAGGCGACUAUGACGUGACGGCAAUGAACUACCAGCCCCGCAGUCGUGGCCGCGGCGACGUCAACAGAUACGCCCUGAAGUUCUACAGGGAGACCGAUGAAGAGCUGAAGUUGAAGAAGGAGGAAGCUCUGAAAGCCCUGAACCCGGUGUCCGAAGAAGCCAUGGAGGUGGACGUGUCGGCGAUGUUCCCUAGCGAGCUCUCCUUCCCCAAACGGCCGCCGUGGGACUUCAGCAUGACCGCCGCGCAGCUGGAUGCGCAGGAGCAUAAGUAUUUUACGGAAUAUGUGCAAGCCCUCCAGUCGUCGCCGCACUGGCAGGACAUGUCGUACUGGGAACUGAACUUGGAGACAUGGCGGCAGCUGUGGCGCGUGCUGGAGAUGUGCGACAUAGCACUGCUGGUGGUCGACGUGAGAUACGCUGGUAUGAUGUUCCCUCCGUCCCUCUACGAGUAUGUGGUUGUAGACCAGAAGAAGGACAUGAUCUUGGUGCUUAACAAGAUAGACCUGGUGCCAGCGGCGGUGGUGGCUGCCUGGAAGCAGUAUCUCACUGACAGAUGUCCCGGGUUGCGGGUGGUGUAUCUCACAUCCUGUCCUGGGUAUAACCUCGCGCACAGUUCCGGAGACCAAGGUCUGGUCGUCCGUCGUCGUAAGGGCAAACAGCGCAUGUGCGUGGAAGGAGCCACCAAGAUAUUGGAAGCUUGCAAGGACAUCGUCAGAGGGGGGGUGGAUCUCUCUUCGUGGGAGAAGAAGAUUAAAGAAGAGAGCCAGGUGGAGUUCGAUGAGGAUGAAGCUACUGAAGUUGGUGAAACGAUCCUCGAGAAAGCAGACACGACAUUCUAUCAGCACGAGAAAUACAAGAACGGCAUUCUUACCAUAGGAUGCGUUGGCCAGCCCAACGUUGGGAAGUCAUCCCUACUGAACGCCAUCAUGGGCAAGAAAGUGGUGUCUGUGUCCAAAACACCAGGACACACGAAGCACUUCCAGACCAUAUUCUUGACGCCACAGGUCCGCCUGUGCGACUGCCCUGGGCUGGUGUUCCCGUCGAAGGUGCCUCGGCCCAUACAGAUCCUCAUGGGGUCGUAUCCUAUCGCUCAGCUACGGGAACCGUAUACCACUAUCAGAUAUAUAGCAGAGCGUAUAAACCUUCCCAAACUCCUGAAGAUAGACCACCCUGAGAACGACGACACCUGGUCUCCGCGAGACAUUUGUGACGGCUGGGCCAAGAAGAGGGGAUACCUCACUGCUAAGGCUGCUAGGUUGGAUACAUACCGAGCUGCGAACAGUCUACUCCGGAUGGCGCUGGAUGGCAAGAUCUGUCUGUGGCUGCGGCCACCAGGCUUCACUGCUAACAGAGUAAAAUUCGAAUCCUGCGCAGAAAUAAAGGACAUCAAAUGGGUGCAAGCUCUAAAAUCGACUAAGGACGACGUCGUCAUCAGUUCAGAUUCUGAUGAAGAAUCCGAUGAAGAAGAAUCUGAUGAAGAUAGUGAAGAAAACGGUGAAGAACUAGCGGCUAUGGCAAAUAAGUUCGCGGCUUUGGUUGGCGAUGACUAGAGUGUAAGCUAGGUGUCCUAUUGUUUUAGCCUUUUCAGGGUGUCUCAUAUCCCUACUUUGAACGCGGUAAGAACCCGUUAUUAUACGUAUUUUAAUUACGAUAAUAACCGCGUAAACUUAAAACAAUAUAGGUUUUUUGUUUAGGGGCCGUCUGCGAGCCUCGAGAGGGGGGUAGGGGUCCAUGAAAAAAUUACGAAAUAUCAUAAGGGCUGAGGGGGGGUGUAGUGUAGUAAUAUAUCACGAGUAUUUAUUUGUUUCGGCAAACGCGAUACUGAACCGGAAAGCGGCGUUUCGUGCAAUUAUAUUUUCGUCAAACGCGUACAAAAAUAUAUUGUCAAAGGAGAAUUUAUGAAGUGGGCGAAUGAUCUUUUACUAAAAAAUACACGUGAUUUGGGGUAGGGGGGUAGUCUUGAACCUCACCAUGUAUCACCAGGGCUUGGUUAAAAAUGAGGAAAAAAAACAUAAUACACACAUAAACUGCCUAUAUACGUCCCACUGCUGGGCACAGGCCUCCCCUCAAUCAACCGGAGGGGGUAUGGAGCAUACUCCACCACGCUGCUCCACUGCGGGUUGGUGGAGGUGUUUUUACGGCCAAUAGCCGGGACCAACGGCUUAACGUGCCCUCCGAAGCACGGAAUCAUCUUACUUUUUCGGACAAUCAGGUGACUCAAGCCUGAAAAGUCCUUACCAAACAAAGGACAGUCUCACACAGUGAUUUCGACAAUGUCCCCAUCGGGAAUCGAACCCGGACCUCCAGAUCGUGAGCGUAACGCUCUAACCACUAGACCACGGAGGCUGUUGGAAAAAAAACAUCACAUGAUUAAUGGACGGCCUUAAUGGACGGCCCCUUACUGGCUAAUGUAAAUUUAAACACCUAAACAUAUAUAGUAUAUAUGGGUCGUUCUUCUUUUUUAUCGACAAUGAUCUGUCCUUCGCUCUGCUAUAACAUAGCAUGUUUUAGAUUUUUAUUUAAUCUUUCCAUUGUCCAAAAAUAUAGUUAUCUUAUUAUACUUAAAAUACUAGCGAAAUACUAAUCGGUUCCUCGAUUAGUGAUUAACGUAGCUUGGUUGUUUUUCACAAAAUUCUGUGACAGAGUGGUAAAUCGAAAUGCUGUCUCCGAUGAAAAGGGCCACUCUGUCACAAUAUAUUUUGCAAUGCGCCUGCAAGGAACAGUAUAUUACCAAGAUAAAGAGAAACACUAAAUACUCCUCUACAGACACAUCUCUAUAUGAUGUUUUUUUAAAUAUUUAUUGAAAGAAAGAAAGAAAGAAAGAAACAUUUAUUAUUUAGGACACCACAGACACGGAUUACAUAUAUAUACAUUAUAAUGACAUCACAUUAGAAGUUAACGCACACACGAAAUAUUUUCUAUAUAGAAACAUGGAAAACGAACACAGAAACUUAUACCUAAAUUAAAAUGUGACCUCAUGUCGGCUUACCCAUGUGUAGUGGAUGGUGUCCCGUAUAAAAGGUCCUCACUCAGCUUAUGCCGCGGCGUGAGCCGCGACGCUGGUAUUCUGUGAGGCCUGAGUACUGAGUGAAGUACGGACAUCGCGCCACCAUAUUGCCGUUAUAAUGAAAGAUGUUAAAUCCGAUAUAACGAGAAAAUUACUUCUUAUUGUCGAUAAAAAUGAAGAAUGACCCAUAUAACAUAUUAUAUACAUAUAUGUAAACUUAAAACAAUGUAGGUUUUUUGUUUAAUUCCAAAAACGAAAUCCUCCCAUUGCAUUAUUUUGUAACGGACUUAUCGCUGAGAGCGGUCGACUCAACUGUUAAGUUGAUAUGCUGAUAUACGUACUGAUCUCUGCCCACCCUGAAGGUGCUAAAAUAGAAGUAUAAAUCGCAGUCGAAGAAAAGUAAGAAAAAAGUUACAUAUUUUUUUUAAUUAAAAAAAAAGUUAUUACAAAAAAAUAUACCUGUCAUUUUCUUAUCCGCCGAAAAGGAAAGGGACGGAUAAUUGACACGCAUAAAAUUUACGGAACACACGAUAAUGUUAAGCCUCAAAAUUUAGCAUUGGUCGAUAACCCGACAGAAUUAAGUUGACGGCCCAUGUCAAACGGGUUGUAUACCAGCGCCAUAUCUAUUUGAUUCGCCCGGGUUAUUCAUUCAUUUUAAAAAUAACAGCUGCCAAUCUUCUUCUUUGCGAGUCGAUGGCGAUCGAUACUAAAUGUUUGCUGACCAAUAAUUGGCCACGCUUACGGCAUUGUCAGUGGCUCCGUGAAGGUCUUUAAUGGUGCAGGUGUUAGGGCACUUAGGACAGCACAAAAGCACAGACUCCACACUACCACUCAUCGCAACCAUCAACCAGGUAUCCAAUGUGAUCGGUCCUCAUCAGGACCAACAGCUGUCAAUCAUCCGUCCCUUUCCUUUUCGGCGGAUAAGAAAAUGACGGGUAUAACUUAAAAUAAAAUUAGGAGGUGUCUUCAGGAAGGGGUAGGCACUGGUGUAUAAGUAUACAGGGUGUUAGUGACAUCGUAACCAAAACUUUGAGGGAUGAUUCAGUCCAUGAUUCUGAGUUGACAUCAAGUGAAAUUUUCCGUCGCAGUCUCUCUCUCCUUGACAUUUAUUAUUCCCAUCUGAUGGUGGGGUCUGCCUUCUUCGUACUUCUCUUCCACUUCGCUCUAUCGGACGUGUCGUUCUCGGAGACAUCACAGGUUCUUUUUGACCACAUCUGCCCAUCUGCCCAUGUUUUUGGCGUCCUCUUGCUCUAAGCCCUGGUAUGUUUUCUAAUUAUUCGCACUUUCCGUCGCAAAAGUAUGGAAUGGAAAAUAAUUAAAAAAAACACUAAAAUUUUUAUGAUGUCAACUUGAUAUCUUGAUCAACUCAGCAUCGUGGUCUGAAUCAUCCCUCUCAGUAUUCGUUACGUGUCACUAACACCCAUACCUACUUGUAUGGCUAUCUGAGAUCGUAACGAAUACUGAAAGGGAUAAUUCAUCUUAUUAUUCUGAGUUAAUAUCAAGUGGAAUUUUUAAUCGUAAAAGUAUAGAAUGGAAAAUAAUUUAAAAAAUCUUAAGAAGAAAAUCAUGAAUUUUGCGACGGAAAAUCCCACUUGAUAUUAACUCAAAAUCAUGGUCUGAAUCAUCCCCCUUAGUAUACGUUACGAUGUCACUAACAUCUGUAUACUAUACACCGAUAAAAGCCCCGAUUCCCGAUUUCCAUUCCGUCGUUUCCAAUCGACGUUCCCCAAACACACGAUAGACACACACGCGUUGUUCACUUUUAACGUGAUAAUUACCUAUUUUCACAUUGCUCGCGUACAUAAUUGUUCAAAAAUGCAAUGGCAGACGAGUAGGUAGUCGGCAAAUAAACAAUAAACAUUAGCUCCAUAGAUUUUUGUAAUUAAAAAUAGAUACAGUUAUAUUUCUAGUUCGCAAACAUUGCCAAUUCCAUAAUAUUAUAAUAAAAAAUACCAUAUACUAUUAGUGACAUGGUUAUGUUACGGAAACUAUCAACAAUUCUGCAAAGAAACACUGUGCAUUUUGUCAUCAAAAAUAUCGACGCAUAAACUAUUAUUUGUACUGUUUGGUGAGCUGUGCCAACCUAAUUUGAGUGAAACAUCUAAAUAUAAACAAUAGUGAAUCGAAAUGUGUAUUAGUGAUAAAUAUUAGUGAUAAGAUAAUACAAUAUUUAAAUAAUUACUACCUUCAUACAAACUUAAACUCUGACUGUCCUAUACGCCUUUUUCGACACAAUUAUCAUCAGCAGGUUUGGUCGAGUGGUAGGAUUAGCGACCAGUGCGAUAACGACUCCGAGUUCGAAUCCGCGUCGAGGCAUCCUUUUUAUCUUUUUUUAUUUAUAUAUUUUUUUAUGCUUUGUUUUGUUGUUUUUUUUUUUUUUUUUUUUAACUUCUUUUAUUGUUAUUAUUAUUGAUAAACUAUUAAAAUCACCGUAAGAUGGCGUCUACUACGAAAUGUGGUGUAUCAAAGCAAACAAAGGAGAUUAAUGCGAAUAAUGCAGCACGGGUUUCUAAUUCUUCAACAUCAAAAAAUGUAAGUCCGUUGUCCGCAGCUAACAACGUGACAAUUACGCGCGGAGGACAACGUAACAGAAGUAAGGACGAUACAGAAGCAGUUAGCGAUGUCACUCUUCAUUCCAAGGAGAAAUCUGAAUGCAAGCUCAAUGCAGAUGAAGUACUGCUCAAUAAAAUAGAAGAGUUAAAGGUAUACAUCGAUAGCCGGAUUCAAACUUUUCAAGCUGAGUUAUUAAGGGAAGUUAACUCCAAACUCGAAGCCACAUAUAAGCAACUAUUGGAUAAAACUGGAGUGAUGGAAGAUAUCAUAGCCAAAAACGGUGAAAAAUGUAAUGAUUUAACAAAGAAACUUGACAUUGCAAGCAAAAAAAUAGGGACGCUGAUGAAAGACAAUGAAGAAAAUUGCACAACAAUCAAGAGCCUUCAGUCACAAGUACUUUUCCUGGAGGCCAAGAUGGAUGAUAUGGAAAGUAGAAGUCGAUCUUGUAACUUGGAGAUUAGAGGAGUCCCGGAAAUAAAAGGUGUAGGUGAAGAUCUACUAAAAAUCUUGGAAGAUAUUUGUGCAAUCCUCAAUGUGAAAAUAGAUAGAUCCGAUAUCUACACUUUAUUUAGAAGCGGACGUCCAGGAGCUAAACCAAGGCCUAUUAUCGUUCUAUUUAAAAGUAUCCUACCACGUAAUGAUGUACUACGAGCUUGUAGAGAGUUUCAUAAAAAAUGUAAAGAUCCAAAAGAGCGCUUAAAUACCAAUGUAUUGGGGUACGAAGGAAGUCCGGCAGCUGUAUAUGUUUGUGAGCAUCUGACUCAAAGAUUGAAAACCUUAUUGUUCAAGAGUAAAAAAACUCUCAGAGAACUUAAGUAUAGCUGCUGGGUCUCCAAUGCAAAAAUAUUUGUAAAAGCUAAUGAUGGGAGUUCUCCCAUUUGGGUCAAAGAUGAAAAGGUUCUUGAAAACUUGUCCAAGUGACUGGUGGUGUUCCGUUGUCAUUUUGUUGUCUAUUUCAAGUUCUGUAUCCAUGUGUGUGGUAUAAACCUAUAUAUUGUUUUUCUUGAACGUAUCUUUAUUCUGAAUCCAUGUCCUAUCAGCGUUUUGGUCUCAGAUGUAUCUGCUUCAACAAAGGGUGUGUGUGUUCGCAAAUUAAUGUUUUAUAUAAGUGAAAAUGGCUAAUGAUAAUUAUUUUAUUACGUCCGAGAUUUUAGAUGACCAAGCAAGUAGGGAUUCUGAUAUUUUAACUGAUAACAUAGAUACAUGUAAACAGUUUAUGAAGGGAACGAAUUCGCUUAAAAUUGUUACUAUUAAUAUUAGAUCAAUCUAUAAGAAUUUCGACAGCUUUCUAAUUACGUUAUUUGAUUUUAACACUGAUUUUGACGUGAUAGUUUUAACAGAGUGCAGAAUCAAGCUUAGAGAUCCUUUGCAGACGAUUCCAGGCUACACAUCUGCGUGGACUCGUAUAAACCCAAUCCAGAACGACGGUGUGGUGGUGUUUAUUAAGAACUGUCAUAACUUUACUUAUAAAGAAAUUGAAGUAUACGGUGCUAACUGUAUACAAAUAAAUCUGUCAGAACUCUCUAUUCUAGCUUUAUACAGAUCACCUUCUAGUUAUAAUAUUGAUAUAUUCUUAGAAUCUUUAGAAAAAACACUUAAAGAGACGAGACUUAUUCCGGAACUAGUACUAAUGGGUGAUGUUAAUAUUGACACUUUACCAGGCGGCCAUCCACAAGCUGGAGAUUAUAUUGAACUACUUGCGCAUUAUAAAGUUAGUCCUGUCAUAUCCGUACCUACUCAUGACAAGACUUGUAUAGAUCAUUGCAUGAGCAGAAAUAAAAAACACACUAUUAAAUGCAUAGUGUACGAUACCAAGGUAACUGACCAUAGUUUAUUGUUAUGUAAAAUUGAAAACAAUAUAACUACACGACCUACAGUCAAUAAACGCAUUGCUAUUAGACGAACUGAUCAGGAGGGACUUUUGAAAGAUAUCAAAAACGAAACAUGGGAGAGUAUUUAUGCAACUAAUAAUAUUGAUUUAGCAGUCGAAACAUUUACAGAGCUUGUUAAUAAGUACAUCAAUCUAAAUACCUCAAUUAGGUACAUUACGUCUCCUUCGAGAAAGAAAACAUUAAAGCCUUGGUUAACCUCCAGUUUACUUGCUUGUAUUAGACGCAGAGAUAAAUUACACAAAAUAUACAAAAAGCACCCUGACAACAUUAUUCUAAAACACGACUAUUUAAAUUAUAGAAAAAUAUGUAAUCGUAUAAUAAAAAAAGCUAAAACAAAAUAUUAUCGGCUAAAGUUUCAGGAGAAUUUUGGGGAUGCGUUAAAAACUUGGUCUCUCAUUGAUGAGGUAUCGGGGAGAAAUAAUGUCAAGUGUACAGAUAUUAAGGAGAUAGUACAUAAUAACAAUAGGAUAUUGGUAAAUGAAGAGCCACACAUAGGUGCAAACGUCUUUAAUAGAUAUUUUACAAAUAUGGGAAAGGACCUUGCAAUUGCUCAUUUGCAGAAUUUGGAUACGACAGAGGAUGAUCUAGCAUCUAAAGUGGCACCGGAAUGUUCUUGCAAUACUAGUUUUAAUUUACGACUAAGUGAUAAUAACGAGAUAUUAAAAAUUAUUUCUACCCUAAAACCAAAUAACUCACAUGGUACAGAUGGCAUAACUGGAUUGUUUAUACAGACUUAUAAAUCUUUUUUGGCACCUUGUUUAAGAUACAUCGUAAACCUAAGUCUUAAAAAUAGUACUUUUCCUUCUUCCUUGAAGAAGGCCAUUGUUGUACCUUUAUAUAAAAAGGGAGAUAGUACAAAUUUAUCGAAUUAUAGACCCAUAUCAUUGCUGUCGUCGAUUUCCAAAAUCAUAGAAAAAGUAGUUAAGAACCGUCUUUAUCAGUACCUGGAAUCCAACGGUUUAUUGUCUCCCACUCAGUUUGGUUUUAGAAAGGGACGUAGCACUGCGGAUGCUAUUGCAGAUUUAACCCAUUUUAUUAUUGACAAUCUGGACUCGAAACGAAAAGUCAUAUCGGUAUAUAUUGACCUUUGUAAGGCGUUUGACACCAUUUCUCAUAAAAUUUUGUUAGAGAAGUUGACAAAGUAUGGGAUAAUAGGAAAACAAUUGCAAUGGUUUCAUAGUUAUUUAAAGUCACGAACGCAAAGUGUACGCCUUGGUGAAGUAGUUAGUGAACCGUUGGAUAUAAGCUUUGGUGUGCCACAGGGUAGUGUUUUGGGGCCCUUGUUAUUUAUUUUAUAUAUAAAUGAGUUAACUGGCGUAGUACCAACGGCCAAAACUAUUUGCUUUGCGGACGAUACAGUCAUCAGUUUUUCUGGAGCUACAUGGGAAAUUGUUUUACGUGAUGCCUCCAAUGGUUUGAGGCAAGCUAAAGCAUGGUUUGAUGAUAACCUUUUGUCCAUAAAUCAAGAAAAAAGUACCUAUAUGUGCUACUCGUUGACUAGAGCUGGGUUAGCAAAGCAACAGGUUAUUUUAAAGGUCCACAACAGGGACUGUUUUGUUGGGGAUUGCAGGUGUCCAGUAUUACAAAGAUGUUACUGCGUUAAAUACCUCGGUGUGCUAAUUGACCAGCACUUGAAGUGGGAUGAGCACGUAAAGGCUAUUGCGAAACGGAUUAAAAGAACUUCGUAUAUAUAUCUCGAACUUAGAAAUGUCCUGGAUCCUAAGACCCUUAUGACAGUCUAUUGUGCAUUGUCUCAAUCCAUUCUAUUGUACGGAAUAUCGUCCUGGGGUGGUUGCUGUGGGGUAGUAAUGGACCCACUAGAGAAGGCACAGAAGCUCAAUCUAAAAAUAAUCUUGAGAAAGCCUAGACUUUUCCCUACAACGGAGUUAUAUUUAUUGAGUAAAGUACUUUCUCCUAGGCAAUUGUAUAUUUGGCAGGUAAUGGUUUACCUGGCUAAGAAUGUUAAGGCUAUACCUGAUAGCGAACCUGUAAGAGUUUUACGCGCUCACACUGUGCGGCGCUUUGUGACUCCCUUCAGACGCACAGCAGCUGCACGCAGACAUUUUUCCUCUAUUGCACCCCGAAUGUAUGAGAAUUUGCCAGACGAAGUGCAACAGCAGAUAGAUCUCAUUAGAGACCGAAUAUUGAACUCGCAGCCGUAUAAUGUUAAGAACAUCAACUUUAAACUAAAACAGUUUCUAUUAAACAUGGAUUUAGAUGAUUUUAUGUAUGCUUACUCUGAGCUUUUAAAAUAAUUUGUUUACAAUGUUGUUACUAACUUUAGCAUUAUUUACUAACUACAUAAUUUUAAAUUUAUUACUAAUCCUUUAAUAUCUAUUUUAAGUUUUUUUUUUGUAUUAAAAUUACGCCGCGCUGUCUACCUACUGAAUAUGUAUAUUUAUGUCAUUGUUUUAAGACGAAAUUUGUAGCUAACCCUAUCACAGGCUUCGGUCUUUUUGGGUUGCUACUGUAACACUGCAUUAAAAACAAUUUAUCGCGUUAACACGCUCUUUUGGGUCUGUUUUGGAUAGUGGUGUAAAUUAGCUAUAAGAAUUUGUAAUAAUAAUAAAUAAAUAAAUAAAUAAAAAAAAACAUAUAAAACGAAUUGUUGCUUGAUAAUUGGAUCACAUUAUGUAUAGAAUGAUGUUGCUACCUAUAUUGCUUUUCUUUGUUUCGAUCAGAAUAAUAAUGGGUGGAAAUUGUAAUUGUACCUUGGUGUAAUAAAAAGGGUCAUCAUUUAUACCAAAAACAAAGAUAAAAGAUGCAUAUGUCUGUUGGGUAAACCCAUGAAAUUAGAAGUUUAAACGAAGAAAAAACUUAACAACGCCAUCUAUCGUGUUUUGGGGAACGCCGAUUGGAAAGUCACUCGUUGAAAAAAUACGAGGUUUCGUUGAAUAAAAUCACAUUACAAUGUGAUAUUUUAUAAGGCGCCUGCGUGGUUCACUAUUCAAAUUCAUAAAUAUAUUCAGUAGGUAACAUAGUUACACUUUGAAUCGUCAAUAGGAGAGUUUCCAACCAGUCAAAUCAGUUACUUUUUACUAAACGUCAAAACACGAAAUUACAAUGGAAUUUAUAUGAAAAAGCGGUUGCUUUUCAUGUUGCGGUUGCGUUUCAUGGUGACGUCAUAGGUUUAUGACGUCAUAGAAAAACGUGACAAAAUGUCGCACUUAUUAUUAAAUUAUUAUUCAAAUUCAUAAAUAAGUUAAAUAGAAAACAGAAAACGUUUUUGUCAGUUUUAGAUCUGUGUUUAUUUAGUAAUCAGAAUUUCAGAAUUCAUCUUUGACCUAGGAAACUAUCCAAUUUUCACAUAACGAACGUAUCAUCCGCUUAAAACUACUGCAGCUUCUCACAACCUGUAUAGCCGGGGAAAAGAAGCUGCAAGAAAAACCUCGGCACAGGGUGACG